GAAAACACCAGCAUUGCUGAUCUGGGCAGCCUUCCUGAGGAGAUGCAGCCACUCUUGCUCCUGUUGGCCUUUCUUCUGCCUCCCAGAGCUGGGACAGAUGAGAUCAUCGGGGGCCAUGAGGCCAAGCCCCACUCCCGCCCCUACAUGGCCUUUCUUCAGAUCUGGGAUCAGGAAACUCAGAAGAGGUGUGGUGGUUCCCUGAUACGAGAAGACUUCGUGCUGACAGCUGCUCACUGUUGGGGAAGCUCCAUAAACGUCACCCUGGGGGCCCACAACAUCAAGAAGCAGGAGAAGGACCAGCAGGUCAUCCGUGUGAAAAGAGCCACCCCCCACCCAGCAUAUAGUUCUACCGACUACUCCAAUGACAUCAUGCUGCUGCAGCUGGAGACAAAGGCCAGGCGGACGGCAGCUGUGAGGCCCCUCAAGCUGCCGAGGUUCAUGGGCCAGGUGCAUCCAGGGAAGAAAUGCACUGUGGCCGGCUGGGGCCGGACUUCCCUGGAGGGCAAAGUCUCAGACACACUGCAGGAGGUGACGCUGACCGUGCAGCAGGACAAGACGUGCGAAUUGCUCUUCCACAGGCAUUACCACAAGGCCAUGGAGAUUUGUGUGGGGGACCCAAAGAUGAUAAAUAGCACUUUCAAGGGGGAUUCCGGUGCCCCCCUUGUGUGUAAGAACUUGACCCAGGGCAUUUUGUCCAGUGGACGAAUUAAUGGGACACCUCCAAGAAUAUUCAUGAAGGUCUCACAUUUCCUGCCCUGGAUAAGGAAGACAAUGAAGCGUAGCCACCAACAGCAGGCAAAAGACUGACCUUCCUCUGAGCCUGACCAUCUUCUCUGGGCCAGAGGCAAGAAGCCCACAGAGGUGGGCGGUGGGGAUUGCAGGAUUGCAAUAAAUGGAUC